AUGGAAAUCUCCAAGAAACCAGCGGCCCAGCUGCCAAAGCCUUUCCACGUUCUGAGUCAAGCUCUGCACCUCUCGAACAGGAACCACGCAAAAUGGUGGUAUAGCACUGCUCCGAUGUUUGCCGCCAUGAUGGCGGGGGCCGGAUAUGACGUUCACGCACAGUACAAGUUCCUUUGCAUCCACCGCGAGGUCAUCAUCCCGGCGUUGGGUCCGUACCCUGAAAAGGGUGAGCCCAUGCACUGGAAGAGCCAUCUGACGCGCUUUGGACUUCCCUUCGAGCUGAGCUUCAAUUUCUCCAAAUCACUGCUGCGGUUCGCCUUCGAGCCCAUUGGUCCCGUAACGGGAACGCAGGAUGAUCCAUUCAACACCCAAGCCAUCAGGCCUGUUCUCCAGGAUCUGAAGGCCAUGGUUCCAGGGCUUGACUUGGAAUGGUUUGACCAUUUUACCAACGCACUGGUCGUUUCAGAGGAGGACGUUCAAACUCUGCGUAAUGCAAAUUCUCAUAUCCCCGUCUUCAAGACGCAGAACAAGCUGGCGGCCGAUCUAGAGCCAUCCGGCCAAAGUGUCUGGAAGACCUACAUCUACCCCCGCAUCAAGUCCAUCGCGACCGGGACGCCGAAAGAGAAGCUCAUGUUUGACGCAAUUAAGGCUGCCGACAAGAGUGGUAAAGUUGCCACCCCACUGGCAAUCCUUGAGGAGUUUAUUGCUGAGCGAGCGCCUACCCUGAUCGGCCACUUUCUCUCUUGUGAUUUGGUUAAGCCAUCCGAGUCGAGGAUCAAAGUUUAUUGUAUGGAACGCCAGCUGAACCUGGCCUCCAUCGAAGAAAUCUGGACACUGAACGGGCGACGGGACGACCCAGAGACACUGGAGGGGCUGGAUGCGCUCAAGGAGCUGUGGCAGUUAUUACCCAUCACGGAGGGUCUGUGUCCACUGCCGAACUGCUUUUACGAUCCUGGUACCUCACCGCAGGAGCAGCUUCCCUUCAUUAUCAAUUUCACCUUGUCUCCGAAAAGCCCACUUCCCGAGCCACAGAUCUAUUUUCCUGCUUUUGGGCAGAACGACAGAGCCAUCGCAGAAGGACUGGCCACCUUCUUUGAGAGAAGAGGGUGGGGGGGCCUGGCUAAAAGUUAUCCAUCGGAUUUGGCAUCGUACUAUCCGGAUGUCGACCUGCGUACCUCAAAUCACCUGCAGGCCUGGGUCUCCUUCUCUUACAAAGGAAAGAAACCGUACAUGAGUGUCUACCUUCAUACCUUCGAGGCCUUCAAUGCUGCUACCGAGGAGGUGACAAUGUGUCGUGGGGGUCAGCAUCACUGA